AGUGCGACAUGCGCUCGAAAGCUUUUCACGGUCACAUCAGCAAAAGUAACAAUGUGGAGCCGGCAUGUGGGGCAUUCAACAGUAACUCGCAUAAGUGCUGUCCCACUACCGGCUUGUGUGGAGCGCUGAUAGUAUAGUUUGAGUUCUAGUGCAGAAGCCGGGCGGCAUUGAGCUUUCUGCAUUGGCCCCCCUUUGGAUCGGCUAGUCGCGAGCUAGCUAGCGGUGUUUAUGUUUGAUUGGAGUCGCGUUGCAUGCCAGGCCAGUUGGCUAUCAGACCGAAUGUAUAUGUGUGAAAAUCAGAGAACUUAGUCGCGUUUUUAGUGAAUACCAGUCAGUUGGCAAGCGUCAAGCUACAAGACGAGGUCGGCAGCUCCCAUUUAAUUUCGGUGUAGGUUUUUAUGUUUGCAAGGUUUUGUUUUUGACGCUGAAUGUAUGGUGUUUUGGAUGAUGUUUGAUAGGAAACUUCUGUGAUUUUUUUUUUUAUGAAGAAAAAGUAUUGAGGGAAUACGUGAUUUUCUAUAAAGAAACAUAUCUCCCAUGUUUACUUAAGUCUGUCUAAAAAUUCCGGAUUUUGCGCUGUGGUGAACGAAAAAGUUAAGUACUUUUAUUAGUCGUGAGAAAUUCCUUGUGGACGGGCCGUUUCCGGGUUAUUUUCAGAAAUUCUGUGCAUUUUUAAUUAAAGUGUUGUUUACAUUAAGAAAUUAGGAAGUGGUUAGAAGUGAAAAGUUCAGAAGGGGUUGUUGCUAUCUCUUCACACUCUUGAAAAAUAUUGGAUUACGGCCGCCUACACAAAGGAUUAUUUUUCAGAGAUUCAACGGAAUUUUACUGUUUGCUGGAAGUGACUUCCCGUGUUUGAAAUUUAACGAAUAAAUAGUUUCGAGCAAGACAAGAAGACCUGGACGCUGGGCUAGUGUUGCUGCCUUCGGUGUGAACAUAAGAAGCCGCCUACCAUUGCUUUAGGAGGAAUAAAAAAUAGUAGAAUAAAGCAAAUAAAAAUAUCUUAAAUAUGGCGCCAACAGUUUGUAACAAAAAAGAGCCGCAUGUCCGUACCGGGACUGGUAUUCGUGUUUCAACAAAACUUCUUAAGAAUUCCAUAAAUUCAUCGGGAUCGAGUGUCAGUGGUGCUGGAAAAAUCACUCAUAGACGCACUAUCGCUGAUCGAACAGCCCGUUCUCGACUAUCUGCACGGCGUCUACCAGACAGUGAAUCUUCAUCUUCAGACGAGAGCGAGGUAGAAGACUAUCCCAGAAUGGAUGAAGAUGACAAUUUUGCCAACAAAGAAGAUGCAUUCCCACCCUCCGUUGAUGCCGUAUCCGCUGAUGCCAAUAUGGAAUUUGCUUCAAGUCCCGUCGCAGGCAGUGAUAUUUCAGCAGGAUGCCAAUGUUCAGACCGUCUAACUGUCCUUACCGGCACAACAGAUAGUGCAUAUGAUAGUAUUCGCUGCCGAUACUGCAGCUCACCAAAUACGAUUCUAUCAAACGAGACCAUGGCAACCACCGAUGAUGUUUCAACAGCCAUCACUAAUGGCAUUGUAUUAUUCAAUCGUGAUCGUAAUGACUUAAGUGAUGAUUCCGCCUCGAAUUACUCUACAUAUUCCUCUGCGUGGUACAGUGAUGAUUAUAGUUCGUCAAAUCUAGACAAUAGGUACUAUGUAAGCAAGAAACCACAUAGAAACAGUCGAGCUCUUCUGGAGAUUGCGGUGAAGACGGUGAAGCUGAUCAAGAGGAACCAACUGCUGCAACAGAAGCUGGCCCAGCUACAGUUCGAAACUCGACAGUUUUUUGAAUCGGUCAUGGCGAACCCGGAGAAUCAAAAUGUCCACCUGAAAAUCACAACUGAUGAGAGGAAGGAAAUCAAAGCGUGAAGAAGCUAAGACUGUUGUUUUGUUUUGAUCAAGGUACAUUCAAUCAGUGCUUGGGCAUUGGUGUAUAUGAAGACAUGCCGUCUAAUUAGUAUCUUCUCUAGUAUUAAAUCAUUUAAUUUUCAACCUUGUUUGAGUUAUGAUGAUCUCAGAUUUUAGUUAUUGUUUCCAAUGCUUUGCGAACGAUUCUAACUGCUUUGGGACAGGGGAAAAAGGUUUAGAUUUCCUAAUCUGAUCUUGUUGUUUCGAUAUUGUAGCGAAAUUGUUAAGAGAUCUCAAGACGGCUGGCAACUAUGCGAAUGAAGCUCGUAUUUUCAAUUAUUUGCCAAUUAAAUCUUAAUUUUAUAAACGUAGACAAUCAAGUUAUUCCGAAAGUUCUAGACUUUCCUCCCUUUAUCCAUGCUUUUUUAGAUAUCUAACCCCCAAUCAUUGGUUGAGUGUACUAUGGCAGAUACAUACAGAUACAUCCACUCUAUUCUAUUUUAAUCAUUUAUCUUAAACAAAUAUUAUCAUGUCUUGAUUCUAACUAUCAUCAUAUUGUUAACGUAGUAUUCAUAUUUUACAUGAAACCCAUUUCAAAGUCAUCUUGUAUCUAAUCCCAGGAUGCAAGUAAAAUCUAUUUAAUAAACAUAAGUAGUUUUACCAAAUGAAACAAAGAGAAAGCAAACAAAAAAUAAAAAAUUUAAACAUAAAAAGUAAUAAAGCUAAGGAAAAAACUGGAAAAAAAUCAAAAAGAAAAAGAUAAAUAUUGUCAUUUCUAUUUAUUAUAUUCCUUUGUAAAUUGUAUUUUAUAAAUUUUUAGAUGCUAUCUCCAUUUUUAGAUAUACAUUGUAUAUUUUAAGAUUGAAAGAAUGAAAAUGCCCAAACUCUGUUGUCUUUAAGCUGUUCGUUUGUUCAUUAAAUUCGUAAGGAAUGCAUGUGUUACGUAGUGUUCUGUAUUACGCAGAAAAAUCAAGAAAUUGUUUAGAUUUUUUAUAUUUAUAAGGGUACCGAGAGAGAGAGAGAUAGAGUGAUUUUUAAUUCAGCGUAUUAUUGCAUUAGUCAUGCGAUUUCGAUAAAUGGAAUAUUUUUUGAUUUUAUUGAAGAAUAUUUUGCUUGCAUAAGACAUUAUCAGGAAAGGAAGCUUAUAUAAACGUACAUAUUUGUAUUUAGAUGCAAGGAAAGAUGGAAGUUUGAAAUUUAUACAUUACAAGUACCAUAGAUGCGAUUGACCUUUAACUUUAGAUGACAAGGUGCUCAGUAGUUAUUCCAGAAUAAGCAAGUUUAACAUCCCAAACUUAGAUUCAAUAGAACGUUGUUGAAAUAUUAACAUUACACUUUUAUCUACCCCAUAUUAUAGGAUACAAUUAUCUAAAUGUUCAGAGAUGCAAUGCAAAUAGAGAUAUUUCUAGCUAACACAUGAUACAGGCGAAUUCAAAUGAUUAUGCACAAUAAUUCAAUCAUUCAGAAAAGUUAAAGGUUGAUAUUUUCAUACAUUAUACAAAUUUAUCUAAAUGCUAAUAAUAGAGUUGAACUGAAUUUAAUGAAAUUUUGCGAAGAAAAAAAAUGAGAAACAAAUUCAAAUGAAAAGCAAUUUUUUAGUCGAUAGUGAAGAUAGAUGCAACAAAUACAUGUGAAAUCUAUAAUAGAAGAAAUACUGUUACAUAUUUUCUUGAAAUGAAAUAGAUACAUGAAUAGUUGACACAUAGGAGAAGAAAUGAAAUUUAUGAAAAAAAUGAAUAAAUCAAGAACAACAGUAACAUAGUGAUGAUGAUAAAAUCCAUUUUAUUCUCUUUGAAAUAAAGUUUUUUCAUUAAAAAUGUG